CAAAGUGGGAUACCGGGAUUAUUCAAUGUGUUCAGAAAUAUGAACAUACCAAAAUUCAUAAAGACAGAUUGGUGGGGGCAUGGAAGAGCCAUUCUAAAAUUCUCUGCUACUGAAGCAAGUGGAGAAAAUGCAGAGGAAAAGGAUAAGGGAGGUGGUAUCAUUGAGUGCUACAUCUCUUCUGUAAUGAUCAGAGAAUAUACAGAGAAACGCCGAAAGAAGAAUGAUGAACAAGAAGAAAGUUCCUGUGGUAAAGCUGUUGAAGAAUUGAAGACUGAGGCAUAUCCUCCAGAUGUACCUUUAGAGACAUGGCAAGACUGGUUGAUUCACUGGGAAUUAUGGAAGGAAGUGUACAUCUCACUCUCAUGGGUGAACAAAUAUAGAAAACUCUGCAAACCAGAUUAUAUCCAGUGGUAUGACUCAUAUAUAGAAAAUUACCCUGAUAUUUUACCUUUGAUUUUAGAGGGCCUUGGAGAGGUAACAGAAGACCUUGAGUUUUUCCAAGAGGAUUCAGUUAUGGAAAUAGAAGCACAGACACAAAAAGGAAAUGAAAGUAACACUGAUAUCAGUAACAGUGACAAAGCUAACCCUAAUCUAGAAACAAAUGAGAAGGCAGACAAAAAAAAGAAGUUAGAUGCUCUCUAUGACAAACAUUCAGAAGAUAGAUACUGGAUACAUUUGAGAAGGUUCUUGUUACAGAGUGGUAUAACUAAAACAGACAAACUUGAAGAGUUUUUCAACAGAUCUGCAAGCCUCAAAUAUUGUGACACUGAAAAUUACGACAAUGCAAAUGAGGGUGCUCUGGAGGAAGAAUCCUGUUACAAUACUUCAGAAAAUGAUUCAGUAUUGCUGAAUACAGACAAAGAUUCAAAAACUGCAGAUAACUUUCCAAUGUAUAGCAGUGAAGAAGACCUACCUUUGAACAGAAACACAAGUAAGGCAUCUAGAAAAUCAGAUGAUGAUUCUUAUGAAAAUGAAGAACAUAUAGAGAAGAAAUUUAAAAGUGCAGGUGAAGAACAAGAUAAGACAAAUAAAGAAGAAAAUGAAAAUGAGUACUCUCUCCCAACAAAGAUGCUGAAACAAGAAGAAACAGAUGAUUUUGAUAUGGAUGAAGUACCACAAGUAAAGGAAAGAGAACCCAAGAGGAAAAACAGAAAGAAGCCAAAAAAAGCUGGGCUAAGUCAUACAUCAGGGUUAGCAUGGGCUGUACAGAUUCUUCAGAAGCAUAGUGAUGGCACAGGAAACACAGAUGAAAAUGAAGCACAUAUAGAAAGCCUGAGAGAUUCUGAAACUCAAGUUGCUAUACCAUUGGACAGCUCCAUUGCUAGUUUCAAUAACGAGCUUAGCAAGAACACAUGUCCUGAUAUCUCCUCAAGUUUGGAUGGGAAACAUUCUAAAACAGAGGUCUCGCCAGUGAAUGAAAGUGUUACUAAUACUAAAUCUAAUAACUGUAAAGGAAGUACCAGUAACAGUACUUUAAGUCUGGGAAUAGUGGAAAAUAAUAGUGAUCUUCAAACAUUACAAGAUUCAGAACAGAUGGUAACAAGCAGUAAGGACGACAAGAAUGAGAUGGAAAAGCAGAAAAGUGGAGAGUUUGUUGAUUCAAAAAUAUAUGGAUUGCUGAAGUGGUUCACUGAUAAUUUUUUGAUUCAUGGCAUAAGAAUUCUGUAUCCAUUCAUUUCAGAUCCACUAUAUGGAAUGAUAAAGCUGAUACUACGAUCCCAACCACAACCUUCAGUUAGCUGCAAUGAACCUGACUUGAAUUCUGAAGGCUCAAGAAAAACACGGUCUCAGAGAAGGAAUCUUAAUAAUGCCCAAAAGAAAUUUUCACGGUGGUUAAAGCCUCUAGCCUUCGCUUAUAUGGAUGGCAAUGGGUUUGAGGAAUUACAUUUAGAAGAAUUUGAAGUAUAUGAAGAACUAAGGGAGUCACAAGUUCUAUAUCAGAAAGUGGAAGAAAAUGGACCAGGAGAUCUGCAGCUUCUUACCCUGAAUUUGUAUGAUUUAGAAGCAAAAGCAAAGAAUAUGACUGAAGAACCAUCAAAAAGAACCCAUAUAACUUUUGAUGAGGAUGCAAAUCCAAACACUGUUGAAACCAUUAGCACUUACGUAGACAUGCCAACAGAUAUGGAAUACCAGCGUUCAGAGGAGGAAAUUUGGAAUCGGCUGACACAAGGACAUACCCAGAUGAAGUUCAAAAUUGCGACUACUAAUCCAGUUGACAUACCAGAAACAGUGUCUAAAUACUGGGCUCAGAGAUAUCGUUUAUUCCUGAAAUAUGACAAGGGAAUUAAAUUAGAUACAGAAUCAUGGUUUUCUGUAACUCCUGAAACUAUUGCUAUCCACCAUGCAUACCGAUGCAGAUGUGACGUGGUUGUAGAUGCCUUUUGCGGUGCUGGGGGAAAUGCCAUUCAUUUGGCAGAGACAUGCAAACAUGUUGUUGCAAUUGAUAUAGAUCCUGAGAAAAUUGCAUUGGCAUAUCACAAUGCAACAGUGUAUGGUGUAGCAGACCGUAUAGAUUUCAUUGUUGGAGACUUCUUUAAACUUGCUCCAUUUUUAAAGGCUGAUGUUGUAUAUUUGAGUCCUCCUUGGGGUGGUACGCAGUAUAUGCAGGAGAAGGUGUAUAAUGUAAAAGCCUUGGGUGGACUCAUUAACUGUGAGACACUUAUAGCUACAGCACAGGAAAUAACAAAGGACAUAGCUGUCUUUUUGCCAAAGAAUAGUGAUUUAUAUCAGAUAAUUGAGCUAGCAGGAUUUGGAAACUCAGUUGAUAUUGAAUACAGCUUAAUGGGAAACAAGGUAAAAGCACUGACAGCAUACUUUGGUGACCUUGUAUACUGCUAAAAUGCAGUAGUAUGAAAUUGCUUGUCAUCUUUUGAUUUAUUCCAUAAACAUGUGAAAUUUUAAACAUGUUCCAGUUUUAUUCGGUAAAGGAAUCUUAUGUUUUCGAGGAAGUAAGUCCACAUUUAGAUACAGGAAAAACACACACACAGGUGCCCAUGCACUCAUGCUGUCAGUCAGGUGUGUGUGCAUGCGUACACACACACACACACACACACACACACACACACACACACACACACACACACACACACACACACACACACACACACACACACACACACACACACACACACACACACACACACACAUAUUCUUAUAUUUUUUUCUUCCUAUUUUCAUUUUUAAAAUAAAUGAAUAUAUUUAGAUGAAUGUUUCAUAUCUCCAUUUAUUAGUAUGUAAUUAUGGAAUAUGAUGCUUUAAAAAUUGUUGCAGCUUUUAAGUAGGUCCUCUUAAAUCUACCAAGUUAAACAGGCAAAAAAGGUGUUUUAAUCUUAUAUUAUGAUACAUACAAAACAGUCUUAUGGAUGUUUUUAAAAAUACAGUUUUUUUUAUCACUUAUUAUUAUUAUGUAUAUUAAAAUUUUAUCUGUAGGCCUAACAUGUUUUACACAUAUAUAUGUAUCACUUGGACUGAUUCACACAUUCAUAAUCACAUUCAGAUUCUUAUUCACAUGCAGACACACUAGAAUACACUUUGAUAUUUUUCCUUUUAAUCGGAUGCAAAUAUUUAGAAAUGCCAUUAUUUCAUUUUAGUUAAUGAAAGAUGGAUUCACUUUUUCAAUACUCUGCAGCAAGUAGAAUAAGCAAAAGGAAUAUAUAUGUUAAACUUGUAUUGUGAUAGAUGUAAGAAACCUGGAUAUAGAAAUACAUUAGUAAAAGUAUUUUUGUUUUUUAUAAUAAAGUCAUU